AUAUUUAUGAGUCUAGUAUGGCAUCGGAGUGAGAUCGGCCAAGUUGAAACUCUGAAGAAGUUGCAGAUUGGGGAAGUUGAAGGCCGUUGAUCGUAAAUCAUCGUAGGAGGAAGAAUAUUUUGGGUUUGAAUCGGGCGGGAAUCAGGGAUUACGGCACGAUCUGAAUCACCGAGAAGGAAUUAUUAAACAAUCCCCGUGACGAGGACGUCUAUAAACCCGUGGUCGGAGCCGCCUAUUGAGACAACGGAGAAAGGAUUGGUUUGACGGUACCGAGUAAUUGAGGUAGGCGGCUGGGGAGUACCUGGAAAGGAACUGCAAAAUGGAAGACGGAGAGAAGAGAGGUGCGGAUGAUUGUGGAAGGAGGAAAGCAGUGCAUUUUAUGAUUGACAAGGUAACCAAAACUAGUGGCCAGAAGUGGAAAAACAGAUUGUAUGAGGAAGAAAAUAAAGUCAUUGAUACCGCUGUUGAAGUGGCAACGGACAAGGCAGUUGAUGACUGCAAGACAGUCCCUGCUUUUAACGAAGCAUUAGAGAAUGAGGUCACCAUCCGAACAACAUUGCGUGGAAAACACUUCAGAAGGACUAUGUCUUCCCUGUCUAAGGAGAAGAUACUUGCGACAUAUGAAAUGGGGUUUGGGACACUGCACCAAAUCCGCUGUACGAAAUUGAACCUCCCAUUGUGCCAAAUGCUGGUUGAAAAUUUUGACGUUGCCAACUCAUGCAUCAAGAUACACGGGAGGAACUUGACAGUGAGUGAGGAAGACUUUAGGCGCAUUAUGGGAGUCAGAAGUGGAGGGUGUGAUGUAGACUUUGAAGGAAGCACCGUUGAGCAUGAAAUUUUGGCGCUGAAGAGGGAGAUAGCAGGGAAGGAGAGCGAGAUAACCAUAGGUGGACUGAGUAGGUUGCUCAUUGAAUCUGAAUUGGUUGAUGACACAUAUAAGGUCGGCUUUGCAGAGCCGUCUCAAACUUUUCGAAGGCCCUGUGCGAAAGUUUAAGAUGCGGCCCUCCUAGCUUCAAUCUUAUAUGAAAUUUAUACUUGAACAAACUCACAAUGUAAAAUCAAAUAACCAACAAUGUAUGAUCAAUAUAUAUCAUUAGAUGAGCCUACAAAAAAGGCUAAAUAUUCAAUACAAACAUAAAGUUUGCAGCAAAAAAUAAUUACAAAAAGAUGCUUUGAUCUGAAACCCUCAAAAUAACACAUUCUAGCAGUGUUGAUUGAUAUUCAUUUGAAAAUCCAUCUCCUUGCCUUCUUACCUGCAAACUGAUCAAUUAGCUUAUCACAAUUGAUUUUUCCAAGAUAUUCAUUCUCAAUCGAAAUCAAAGCAAGUCCAUUUAGUCUUUCUUGUGACAUAGUUGAUCGCAAAUAAGACUUCAAUAACUUUAACUUUAAUUCUCCAAUUUCUCAAUUCUAGAAUCCCACAAAAUUGCUAGAUGGCCAACUGACCUAGACCUUUGUAAUCUGGAAACCAAAUCAAACCCAGAUCAACCCAUUAGGAAUAACCCAUCAAAGAAUCAUUACGGGAUCGAGUAAAUAACGCAGCAAACAUUGAUUAAUUUGAUUCAAUCAUAGUAUCAUACUUGAGUGGCUGGAUAGAGAGGUAUUGAGGUCGACUGGUCGAUGAGAAUUGAGGAGAGGAGAGGAGAGACAGAA